AUGGGGAGACGAUCCCCACAAGGCCUCCAAGUGCGACACCAGCGGGACCCGAUCAGCGGCUGCGCCCCGCUGCUCAGCGGCAGCAACUCGCCUCCGUCGACAUGCCUGCAGCAGCAGCAGCAAACGCAGCAGCAGCAAAUGCAGCAGCAGCAACAAAGCUGCUCAGCACUGCUGCAGCAGCAAGAAGCACACACUAACGCCCACAAGCAGCAGGAACACCAGCAGCACAAACAUCACCCGCAGCCGCAGCAGCAGCAGCAGCAGCAGCAGCAGCAGCAGAUGGUACCAGAGUGCAGAGACUGCAUGUCCAACAGCAACAGCAACUCUUAA